UCUAAAAAAAGGAAUUGGGAAAUGAUUUGUCAAAAUCUAGAAGUCUGUACAGAUGAGAGGGCUGAUCAGCGAAGCUGCCUUAUCUGCGGAGACAGAGCCACAGGUCUGCAUUAUGGCAUCAUCUCAUGUGAGGGAUGUAAAGGCUUCUUUAAACGUAGCAUUUGUAACAAACGGGUCUACAGAUGCAGUCGAGACAAGAACUGCGUCAUGUCACGUAAGCAACGUAACAGAUGCCAAUAUUGUCGGCUGCUCAAGUGUCUCCAAAUGGGGAUGAACAGAAAAGCAAUCAGGGAAGAUGGAAUGCCAGGGGGCAGAAACAAAAGUAUUGGACCUGUCCAGAUAUCAGAAGAAGAAAUUGAAAGAAUUAUGUCCGGACAAGAAUUUGAGGAGGAGGCUAACAACUCAUGGAGCAACAAUGGAGACAGUGAUCACAGUUCCCCUGGCAAUGGUGUUUCUGAGGGCAACCAGCCAUCACCUGUUUCCACUCCUUCCUCAAGUAGGUCGGUGGAGCUGAAUGGAUACACUGCACUCAGGGAUCAGUACAUCGGGACACCGGUGUCAUCGCACUAUCAGUAUCUGCCGCACCUUUUUAGUUAUGCUGCUCAUUCAGGUCUGUUGCCACAUCAGGCACGAAGUCUUGAUCCCCAGUCACAUACGAUAAUCAGUCAGUUAGUUGCGGCUGAAGACCUUGAUCCACUUAGCACUCCAAUGCUUAUCGAAGACGGGUAUAAAGUGACUCAGGCUGAGCUUUUUGCAUUGCUCUGCCGGCUGGCAGAUGAGUUACUCUUCAGACAAAUUGCAUGGAUUAAGAAGCUGCCAUUCUUCUGUGAGCUGUCCAUCAAGGACUACACAUGUCUGCUGAGCUCAACCUGGCAGGAGCUGAUCCUUCUGUCCUCACUGACUGUCUACAGCAAACAGAUCUUUGGGGAUCUUGCAGAUGUCACCUCUAAGUACACUCCAUCAGAUGAUGAGUUGCACAGAUUUAGCGAAGAAGGAAUGGAAGUGAUGGAGCGCUUGAUCUACCUCUUUCGAAAGUUCAACCAGCUAAAGGUCAGCAAUGAAGAAUAUGCAUGUAUGAAAGCUAUUAACUUUCUUAAUCAAGAUAUUCGAGGAGUAACAAAUGUCUCUCAGCUGGAACAGUUGAACAAGCGAUACUGGUAUGUUUGCCAGGAUUACACUGAAUUUAAGUACCAGCACCAGCCCAAUCGGUUCCCUGAGCUGAUGAUGUGCUUGCCAGAAAUACGCUACAUUGCAGGUAAACUAGUGAAUGUUCCCCUGGAGCAGCUGCCUCUCCUGUUUAAAGCAGUUCUGCACUCCUGCAAAUCAAGUGUCAGCAAGGAGUGAGUAAAUAAUCUGGCUUGCCUGCCUGCUUGUUUAGCUGCUCUCUUCUCGAUGCCUUAUUCUCCUACCUCAGAUGGGGAAUGACUACAGACAAGAGGGAAAAGAGACCAAGAUCAAGGCAUCAGGGCAUGACUCAAAAUUGGGAAAGCCCUGCAACUGUAGCAAACAGCUAUUUUUGAACAUUUGUUCUUAUGUAUUUAUUUCACGACAGAGUUGAAUGUAUCUUCAACACAGUGUGCACAUGCCUGUUUACAAGUGCAGCUAGCGCAUUGUUCUUUCCAGUUUACAGAAUGUAGGAUGUCUAAUGUUUCAGUGUUGCCAUUUUGUGGGACUUUUUUUAAAAUUGUGUUUUAAUGGGAUGGGUCAAAAAUGUUUAAACAGUGUUUAAAGAGACUACCUCAUGGAAAAUAUGGCUUUAAAUAUCUCCCCUCAGCAAGCAAAGUACUUGCUUGGUCUACCCUGAAAAUAGCUGCCUCAUUGUUUUGCACAGUUGUCAUAACUGAGAAUGUUAGUACAACUUUAUCUACUUUUUGGCAAGUACAAAACUACUGUUUUAAACAUGAACACAUCUGUCAGAGAUUGCUAGACCUUAGUACAUACAUGGUUUGGAACAGAAUUCAUCUUCUAGAGUAGCACUGAAAUUGUGUCCUGCUGUGGAAAAAUAUUACCCUUCCACUGAUGUGGUUAUCAUUUUUGCUGGUGAAAAUAGACAGUUUCAGGGCUGUGUAGGAAUAUAUAUAGGGUAUCUGAAUAAAAGACAAUAAUGUUUUAGGGACUAUGAAUGAAAACAGCACUGUGCUACUUAGGGUACAUUGUUGCAAAGAGAGAUUUUACUUCUAAGUUAUCAGUAAAAUUAUUCUUUGUUGCGGUUCCAACAUGUUACUUAAAAACUCAGAAUAGUGGUGAUUUGUUAGUCUUAUUUUCUAAGAGCCUUGUAUCUAAAGAAAUCUGCCAUAGUUUAUCAGAUUUAAAGUAAACCUCUGUGUGCAAAGCGCUGGGGCAAAAUGUUAUGCAAAAACUGAACAGGUGGCGUAGAUGUAUUUUAAAUAAUGUCAAAAGUGCACAUAUCCACUGAUGCAAAGCAU